UCGCAGCAUUUGUAAUCCUGGUGCACACGUUAUCUGAAGAGCAGUGCGCUUUGCUGGAUAUUUUUAAUUGGUACGUCUCAUUUGGUUUGGUGGCAUUCGUCUCCCUGGGACAUGGGACGUAAAGCAUUUACCGUUUUCGGCCUUGUUGCCUUCUUGGGAGUAUUUCUUUUGUCGCUGCAAUCCGUCCAUGGAGACGUGUCUUAUUCUUUCCCAGAAGAGAUGAAACGAGGCUCAGUUAUUGGAAAUAUAGUCAAAGACAUCGGACUCGAGGUGGACAAACUGUCUACUAGAAAGGCUCGCAUUGAUGCAGACGGGAACAGUAAACGGUAUUGUGAAAUUAUUUUGAGCACUGGAGAUAUCGUUGUUGCUGACAGGAUUGACAGAGAGGGGCUUUGUGGCAAAAGGGCAUCAUGCCUUUUAAAGCAGGAGCUUGUUUUAGAGAAUCCUUUAGAAUUACACCGCAUUAAUAUCCAUGUGCAAGAUAUCAAUGAUAAUUCACCACAGUUUAAAAAGAGCAUAAUCAAAUUUGAAAUCAGAGAAUCAGCCAUUAAAGGAAGUCUCUAUCGUUUAGAUGAGGCCCAUGAUGCAGAUGUAGGUCAAAAUGCCAUCCAGGGCUACAGAAUCGAAGCAAAUGACAACUUCAGACUGAAUGUGGUCACGAAAAGCGGAGGAGGAAAAUACAGUGAGUUGGUUUUAGAGAAGGAACUGGAUAGAGAACAACAGCAAGAACUAAAGAUUGUUCUUGAGGCAACAGACGGAGGCGCACCUCAGAGAUCAGGCACUACAGUCGUUCACGUCACUGUGCUGGAUGCUAAUGAUAACGCCCCAGUGUUUAGCCAGACCGUUUAUAAAGCCAGUCUGCCUGAAAACUCUCCUGUAGAUACUGUAGUGGUCACUGUGAGCGCGACUGAUGCAGAUGAAGGAGUCAAUGGAGAUGUGACUUACGAAUUUGAUCACAUUUCUGAUGAUAAUAAUAACGUGUUUUCUCUUGAUCAGACAACCGGGGAGGUGAAAGUCAGUGGGCCAAUAGAUUAUGAGGAGUUGUCGGUCUAUGAAUUGCAAAUUACAGCUAAGGAUGGUCUUGGAUUAGUUUCAUCAUGUACAUUAAUUGUUGACGUUACAGAUGUUAACGACAACGCGCCUUUUACCCUCAUUAAGUCACUGACAAAUCCCAUACCAGAAGACGCCUUACCUGGUUCAGAGGUGGGAAUCAUUAACGUGCAGGACCGAGACUCAGAGUCCAACGGACAGGUCCGCUGCUCCAUUCAGCAAAAUGUCCCUUUUAAGUUAGUUCCUUCUAUUAAGAACUAUUAUUCUAUGGUGACCACAGGACAACUAGACCGUGAACUAGUGUCUGCUUACAACAUUACAAUCAGUGCCACUGACGAGGGCUCUCCACCUCUGUCCUCCUCUAAAACUGUUCAGUUAUCUGUAGCUGACAUCAACGACAACCCACCUGUGUUUGAGGAACAGUCCUACAGCGCAUAUGUGACUGAAAAUAACAAAUCUGGCUCCACUUUAUGUUCCGUUACUGCUCGAGACUCCGACUGGAGACAAAACGGUACAGUGAUUUAUUCUCUGUUACCUGGUGAGGUCAACGGUGCCCCGGUGUCCUCCUAUGUGUCGGUGAACGGAGACACGGGUAUGAUCCACGCUGUGAGAUCGUUUGAUUAUGAACAGUUGAGGAACUUUAAAGUCCAGGUGAUGGCCAGAGACAACGGUUCUCCUCCACUCAGCAGUAACGUGACCGUCAGUGUCUUCAUAUCUGAUGUGAACGACAACUCUCCUCAGAUACUGUAUCCCGCCCUCGAGGGCAACUCCUUCAUGACUGAGCUGGUCCCCAAAGCUGCACACGGAGGCUCUCUGGUGUCCAAAGUGAUAGCAGUGGACGCGGACUCUGGACAGAACGCCUGGCUGUCCUAUCGUAUAGUUACAUCCACUGACCCGGGACUUUUCACUAUAGGUGUCCACAGUGGAGAAAUCAGGACACAGCGGGAUAUUUCAGAAUCUGAUAUCAUGAAACAGAACCUUAUUGUUGCGGUGAAAGAUAACGGACAGCCCUCUCUCUCUGCCACCUGCUCCAUGUAUUUAAUUAUUUCUGAUAACUUGGCUGAGGUGACAGAACUGAAGGACAUUUCUUAUGACGAGAAGUAUUCCAAAAUGACUUCUUAUCUGAUCAUCGCCCUUGUCUCUGUGUCCACCUUUUUCCUGACCUUCAUUAUCAUCAUCCUGGGCGUGAGGUUUUGUCGCAGGAGAAAGCCCAGACUGUUGUUUGACGGAGCAGUCGCCAUCCCAAGCGCUUAUCUCCCUCCUAAUUACGCAGAUGUUGACGGCACAGGAACUUUACGCAGCAAUUACAAUUAUGACGCCUACCUGACAACAGGUUCUAGAACCAGUGACUUUAAGUUUGUGACAUCUUACAAUGACAACACACUACCUGCUGACCAGACUUUGAGGAAAAGUCCCAGUGACUUUGCUGAUGUGUUUGGAGACGGUAACGCUUCUCCUGAGGUAAGAUCAUCAGUCGUUUGA